AUGGAGAACGAUACAGAAGUGACUGAAUUCAUUCUCAUGGGGUUAACCAACAAAGCAGAACUUCAGCUCCCGCUCUUCAUAACCUUUUUCUUCAUCUACCUCAUCACUCUGGUUGGGAACCUGGGGAUGACCAUGUUGAUCCUGCUGGACUCUCAUCUCCACACUCCCAUGUACUUUUUCCUCAGUAAUCUCUCUCUGGUAGAUUUUGGAUAUUCCUCAGCUGUCACCCCCAAGAUGAUGGCUGGCUUUCUCACAGGAGACAGGGCUAUCUCCUACAAUGAUUGUGCCACUCAGUUCUUCUUUUUUAUAGCUUUUAUCACUGUGGAAAAUUUUCUCUUGGCCUCAAUGGCUUACGAUCGCUAUGCUGCAGUGUGCAAACCCCUUCAUUACACCACCACUGUAACGAUAGAUGUGUGUGUUCAUCUGGCCGUGGGCUCCUAUGUCUGUGGCUUCCUGAAUGCAUCUAUCCACACUGGGAACACUUUCCGACUCUCCUUCUGUAGGUCCAAUGUGAUUGACCACUUUUUCUGUGAUGCCAUUCCUCUUUUGGUUGUUUCGUGCUCUGACAGCUACAUCAGUGAGAGUGUUCUUUUUUAUCUAGUAGGUUUCAAUGUCCUCUUUUCUAUCCUGAUAAUCUUGUCUUCUUACAUGUUUAUAUUUACCACUAUCCUGAGGUUGCAUUCAUCUGAAGGACGCCGAAAGGCCUUUUCUACCUGUGCUUCCCACCUUACUGCUGUCUCUAUCUUCUAUGGGACAGGCAUCUUCAUGUACCUACAGCCCAACUCUAGUCACUCCAUGGGCACAGACAAAAUGGUAUCCGUGUUCUAUGCCAUAGUCAUCCCCAUGCUGAACCCUCUGGUCUACAGUCUUAGGAACAAAGAGGUCAAGAGUGCCUUUCAGAAGGUUGUUGAGAAGGCAAAAUCUUCUCUAAGAUUCAUAUUUUAA